UUGAGUCAACCUGUCAAAAUAUUUCACACGAUUUAGUUUGAAGAAAAAUAAAAAACUUUCUCUAUCAUGUCGUGCCCCAAUUAGUGGUCUAAAUCAUGGCAUCGCAUCAACCUUACACAGGUGACAUUCUUCAUUUGAACGUCGGUGGUAAAAGAUUUUCCACUUCAAAACAGACCCUGACUCUAAUUCCCGACACGUUCUUCACCGCUCUUCUUAGUGGAAGAAUCUCCAGUUUACGCGAUGAGAAAGGUGCGAUUUUCAUCGAUCGCGAUCCUGAAAUUUUCUCCAUAAUUUUAAAUUAUCUGCGUACGCGUGAAAUCGAUUUACACGGUACGAACAUACGGACUUUGCGUCACGAAGCUGAGUACUACAAUAUAGCCCCCUUGGUGAAACGGUUGAUACUUUGCGAGGAAUUGACACAGUCGACUUGUGGAGAUGUUCUGUUUUACGGGUAUCUCCCGCCCCCUUAUGUUCCAGUACAGGAUGCACCAAAUUCACACUAUGUGGAAACGACAGCUGUUCAUUCGGUACGUCCUGGUUCGAGUAUUAGACUGCCUGAUGGUGAAAAUAACGAAAAUGGGGGCCCACAUUGGCCACAACAUCCCCCACAAAUUCCUCCCAAUCCGCCAUAUAGCAGGACACAAGGACAUUCGCGUAAUUCUUCAUUAGAAUUAAGAGUCUCGGCUACUUACAGUCGUAGUUCUCAGGAUUUAAGGGGAUUGGCAAGUCGGGGACAUUCUCGAGCCGCUUCUUUGGACUUGAGACACGUUCGAAAUUCUUCAGCUGACUUGAAUAAGUUGUUUAGGAAUGAUAUCGGUUUGGUUUUUGGAAAUUCAGGUUCUACAUGGGCUGACCCAUUACGUGUCCAGAUAAUAAAAGCCCAUCACAACUGGAUUGUUGUUGGUUACGCACAUUUCAUCGUUAGUUAUAGAUUGAAAGACUCUAGUGGUUGGCAACAAGUUUUCACCAGUCCUCAUAUAGAACAAUGCAUUGAACGUAUUGCAAUAAAUGCGAAAAUGGGUAGUGGUGAAAACUCGAAAAUGGUUGCUAUUUCGUACGGAAGUCAAGUACGUUUAUGGGGAAUUUCAGAUAAUGGUGAAAAAACAAAUAUAGGAAUAUUUAAUUUGCACGUUCCUGUCGAGUAUUUAUUUUUUAUUGGUAGUCAAUUAGUUGCGUUGUCUUCAUCAGGAAAGUUGGGUGUUUGGCAUGCAAUGACUCAACAUUGGCAAACACAAGAUGUUAUGAGAAUUGCAUCUUUUGAUACAGCAGGAUCGAUUCUUCUCCUUGGUUGUAAUAACGGUUGUAUUUAUUAUAUAGAUAUGCAAAAAUUUCCUCUACGAAUGAAAGAUAACGAUUUGUUAGUUACUGAACUUUAUCGUGAUCCGAAUAAUGAUCCUGUCACUGCAAUUUCGGUGUAUUUAACACCGAAAACAAAUUUGUGUGGGAAUUGGAUCGAAAUCGCAUACGGAACCACUUCCGGUGCAGUCCGUGUUAUCGUCCAACAUCCAGAAACUGUAGGUCAUGGUCCUCAACUCUUCCAGACGUUUACAGUCCAUCAAAGUCCCGUCACUAAAGUGACCUUAUCUGAAAAAUAUCUCGUUUCGGUUUGUUGUGAGUACAACCAUGUGCGUUCAUGGCGAGUGACUCGCUUCAGAGGUAUGUUAUCAACGCAGCCGGGCUCCACACCGGAAGCCUCUUUCAAAAUAGUGUCGCUUGAAGCGGUAGAACCAUCAAUAAGUCAUGCGACAUCGAACGAUUGUGGCCCUUUUGGUGAACAAGACGAUGAACAAGUUUUUAUUCAGAAAGUUGUUCCUGAUGCUGAUCAACUCUUUGUUCGAUUGGCGAGUAAUGGGAAAAGAGUUUGUGUGAUUAAGGCUGUAGAUGGCAGUACAGUGAGUGCGUUUUGUGUGCAUGAAUGCGAAGGAUCGAGUCGGAUGGGUUCGAGACCGAGAAGGUUUAUUUUUACGGGACAUUCAAACGGAUCAAUACAAAUGUGGGAUUUAACGACGGCAUUGGAUUUGGCGUAUAAGACGACGGAUUUAGUUGGGGGGCCUUCGCCUGAGGAAUUGUUGCAAAUGUUGGAUCAAUGCGAUUUGAGUAAUAGUUUAUGUUCAACGCCUUGUAUGUCUCCUUUGCCUUCGAUAGCAGCUGCUGCGAGACUCAAAUCUAGUAAUGUGGCGUUUUUGAAUCAACAAGACGAUAGGGCGUCGAGUUCUAGUUAAAAAUUGCAAGUGGGGCACAACUGCAAUAAAAAUCUUGCCUUUUUUGGUAUCUAUUAGUUUUAUUAAAUGAAAUAUCGGUGUUAUUGUUGACUGAAGCUUUGCUAUUUUUUUAAGUGGCAAUUGCUGUUGAAAUUGAAUUGUGAUAAAAUUUUCAUGUUACUCGAUGUAGAAUGUCCACUUUUCAUUUAUUCAAUAAAAUUCUACGAAAAAAAUAACAA